CCUGCCUCCCCGGGAUGCUAUGAGGCUUAUCGACUUAAUGCCAUUGCUAUUAACUUUAACUGAAGAUGGCUGGGCAGAACCAGCAGCAGACCCGGCACAGGAUAAACUCAACAACCGUAAAAUGGAUGCCCUGUGAGACCUUGGGCUUUAUCUUCUUUGUUGCCCUUGGCACAGAGGAAGCCAGGUAGCGAAUCAAGGACCUCUAGGGUUUUCUCUCUCGGCUGUUUCCAGUGGCUGAGGUCUUGAGGAGGAGAAUGGCAUCUGAAGGCCUUCUGGGCCUGUCAUGCUGAAAAGAGAGAGGCCAGACUCAUGUGCAGGGCAAAGGGGCAGCUGCCCAGUAUCAGCAGAUAAGUGGGGCCCGGGCCACAGAGAGACCAUCCAACUUUGCCCACAUGGCCCGGCCAUCAGUUUUACUUGACGAGCUAUGGGAAGGUCAUUUGAUAGUCACAUUCUUGUGGCCGCAAUCUUGGGAAUGUGGCCUUUUAUCUUUAAAAAUAGCUGUGUGCUGGGAGGCCGGGGAGCAGUGUCCUGGGAUGGCGGAGAGGUGCCAGCAUGGGGAAGAGGGGCCGAUUUCUUUCCUUGGAGAAGUCCCUUCAGCUCUGCUCAUCUGUCUAGGAUUUGAAUUAUACAAAUGAGUUACUUAUUCAAAAAUGAAAUAGAAAACAUUGAGCAAAAGAAGCAGCACUCAGGAGAAGAGGCAUGUGCAUGCGGUUCCUGAUGCAGGCAGAACUGAGCUGCGCUGUCCAGGGGGCAGGGGCAGUGUCAGUAAGAUAAAUGGAAGAGCUAGAGACCAAUUUAUUCCAGACACGGAAAGCACACAGAAUAGAACAAAUGGUGGCAAGAUGGCUUCGGCGCUCCCGGGACAGCUCGGCCCGGGCUAAAGUUGCUGCAGCUGAUGGGCCCCCCGGGAUCCCAACCCAGACCCUCACCCCUGUGAAAUACACAGUAAAAAUAGACAAAGACGCCCUCCUGCAGGACUAUGGAUUUCACAUUUCCGAGAGCCUUCCCCUCACAGUGGUGGCCGUCACAGCAGGAGGCUGUGCUUAUGGCAAGCUUUUCCCUGGCGAUCAGAUCCUCCAAGUGAACAACGAGUCUGCCGAGGACCUCUCCUAUGAACGAGCAGUUGAUAUUCUGAGGGAAGCUGAAGAUUCUCUUUCAAUCACAGUUGUUCGCUGCACGUCGGGGGAUUAUAGGAGCCCUUAUCAAAUACUUUACAAGAAUGAAGGCAUACUACUGUAUCCACAGGACCCUGGUCUACCAAUCUGGAAUCCUGUCUUCAAAAGGAAAAUGAACUUGGUUGGCUCUGACUUGUUCUUGGGAGCCCCCAAGUCCUCCUUCCUGACCGAGGAGAAGAGAGCCAGGCUGAAGACCAACCCCGUGAAGGUGCACUUUGCUGAGGAAGUACUUGUCAGUGCACACAACCAGGGAAAUUCUCUGCUGUGUAUGCCUAACGUGCUCAAGCUGUACUUGGAGAAUGGACAGACCAAAGCUUUCAAGUUUGAGGCAGAUACAACUGUGAAGGACAUCAUCCUCACUGUGAAGGAGAAGCUGUCAAUCAGGAGUAUAGAGUACUUUGCACUGGUCCUGGAAGAGCAGUACAGCAUCUCACGGCUGCACCUGCUGCAUGAGGAGGAACUCAUCCAGCAGGUGGUAGAGAGGGAGGAAUCACAUGACUACCGCUGCCUCUUCAGGGUGUGUUUUGUUCCCAAGGACCCCCUGGACCUCCUGAAAGAAGAUCCUGUGGCCUUUGAAUACCUCUAUCUGCAGAGCUGCAGCGACGUGCUCCAGGAGCGUUUUGCUGUGGAAAUGAAAUGCAGCUCCGCGCUGCGACUUGCAGCCCUGCACAUCCAGGAGCGGAUCUACGCGUGUGCCCAGCCGCAGAAGAUCUCUUUGAAGUACAUAGAGAAAGACUGGGGAAUAGAGAACUUUAUAUCUCCAACUUUACUCCGAAACAUGAAAGGCAAAGACAUCAAGAAAGCCAUAAACUUCCACAUGAAGAGGAACCAGAAUUUGUUGGAACCCCGACAGAAGCAACUUAUUUCUGCUGCCCAGCUACGUUUAAAUUACCUACAGAUCCUUGGGGAACUCAAGACAUAUGGCGGUAAAAUCUUUAAUGCUACUCUAAUGUUACAGGAUAGAGAAUCCUACAUUGCCCUUCUAGUUGGAGCCAAGUAUGGGAUUAGCCAAAUUAUCAAUAGUAAACUCAACAUCAUGUCCACGUUGGCAGAGUUUGCAAACAUCAGCCGUGUCGAGCUGACAGAAGAGUCUGAGAAAGUGAGCAUGGUCAAAGUGUAUCUUCAGGACAUCAAGGUUCUUACUUUACUGCUGGAAUCCAACAGUGCAAAAGACCUAGCCUGCCUGAUUGCUGGGUACUACAGGCUGUUUGUCGACCCAGUUACUUCCAUUUUCCUCUGGCCAGGGAACAAACAACAGGUGCACCGGGUAUCUGCUGAAGAAGGCUACGAGUCCAGGGCAUGCAGCGACUCUGAGGAAUCUUCUGAAAUGGACUGCGUGCUGGAACCUCUCACUGACCGACGCCUGCCAAAGCUGUGCCCCUGCAGACCGCUCCUAAAAGAGGAGCAGCCUCCCAGGGACAGCCCCACGCCCGAGGUAGCCAGGAGAGGCCCGAGCACCUGCGGGACCAGCAGCAUGACAGACAGUGCUGAGUCCGAAGCGUCCGACUCGGCUAACACCGAGAGCCGAGGCUGUCGGACCAGCGGCUCCAGCGAGUCCAUGGAUGCCCUGGAAGAGGAUGACUUGGACGCCUGCUCUUCCAGCACGUCCGGCUUCUUCCACUUUGGCUCGCCAGGCUUCCCAGAGGGGCUUGAUUCUGACAGCCAAGAGAAGAGGAGCAGGAUCGAAACCAGCGGCUUUCUCUGUCUCUUGGACCUGGCCCAGAAAGCCAGCCCUCAGUGCCAGAAGAUGGAGCUUUCUGAGAGUCCCGCUCCUGGCACAUUCAGCUGGGGACCAGAACCGAGUGCUGCCAGACUGGACCCCCGGCUGUAUGAGGGCAGCCGGACUGACUACUAUAGCCUGUGCUCCAGUGUUUCCCCAGCCAGCCACCUGAGUGACAGCUCAGAGAGCAUGGCUUCCCGGCAGGGUGGGGGCCCGCCAGGCGGGGGCCAGCAGGGUUGGAUUGAGGCCCAGCCCAGCUCCACGCCGGAGGCCCUGGCCCCUGCUUGUGAGGAUGGCAGCUCGGAUGAGGAAUACUAUGAUGCAGCUGACAAGCUCACACCCCCAGACAUCCUCUCAGAGCCCAGAGCCAUUUCUGCUGCAGAACCCAGUGCCACAAGCUUGCAGAGUGAGGCUAGCACUUGCAGCCCCGAGGACAGCCUGAAUUCUGGACCAGAUGGACGAGAGACAGGCAGAAGGGGAGGGGUGAAGAAGUAUGCCAAGACCCUGAGAAAAAGAAGGUCUUUCCUACAGACCGACUACACCUGUCAGGUCUCAUUUCCCCUGGUGCCCUCAGCCUCCCUAGAGAGCAUGGACGACGUGUGCUACUACGACAGGGAGCCCUACCUGGCCCUUGGUGCACCUUCCCCAACUGUGUCCUCUCUGCAGGACAUGCAAGGUGAGCCAGGCCUCCUGGAGACCAAGGCCCUGGGGCUGCUGGCUCCCCUGAGGGAGGCCAAGAGCAAAAACCCAGCCUCCCGGGUGAUGGAGAUGGAGCCUGAGACCAUGGAAACCAAAUCUGUCAUUGACUCCCGAGUGUCCUCUAUUUCUGCUAUCCGCCUCCGGAUGGACCCCAAUCAUAAAGAGAAUUCUGGGGGUGCCCCUGAGACUGCCACUGUUGCCAGUUGCUCAGCAAGUGCCCCUGACUGUUCCAACCCAAGUUCAUCUGGCUCAGAUACUGCUCAGAUAGGGCCUUCCCAAACCAUACCUCCAUUUCAAGACUCGGAUGGCAGUGCCCCCGAAGAACUCUCCAUAGAGCUUGGGGACAGCACCUCUUCCCUCUCCAGUGCUGACCCGAACCCAGACAGAGUCUACUUGACCAUCAGCCUGGGGCCACAUGUCUCUCAAGGCGACACACUAGAGCAGGGAGGAGUCCAGCUGGAAACAGGAUUAGGAUCUUUGUUUACAAAUCAUAUGCAAGAAACUGCCCCCCAAUACACAGAGCCUUUGUUGUCUCCUGGAGACAGGCCUAGAAGUGGUGAAUGUGAAAUAAAUUCAGGAGAGAAGAUGGCUUCUUUCCCUCCAAAGGAGGAGCCACAAGGACAGCUUUCUUUGGAACAUGAUCGAGAAGUGACAAACAAAACGGGCACCAAUGUAUUUCCUGAUGAAUCUGGGAAGGACUCAGGCAACCCUAAGGGUCACGUGUCGGAUGCUAUUCCACAGACUAUUGGUGUCAUUGCUCCAGAUGGUGGAAUAAUAGCCUCCCUCUCCUUGGAGACUCCUGUAACAGGGACUGAACUGACCCCACCACACUCCCGCACGGACCCCAAAGGACAAAGCAGAGAAACCGCAGGCCAAGCCUGCCAGGCCCAAGGACAAAAACUAUUGGCAGAGCUGGAUUUAGACCCUGAUUUCCUCCUUGAGAACCAGACCAUUCCAUCAGCCUUCCCUCUAGAGGGGGUCAAAGCAGAGCCCCUUAACCAUGUGAUAGGGGAAGACACAGUCUCCAGGGAUACUCCUCAGCAGGUCUGUUUUAACCCAGGUCUUCCUGUGCUAAAACCACUACCAUGUCCCCAAGAGGAUCCCCAUUUAGAAGUUUCAAACCAUCGUUCACUGUCAGAAAGCAAAGAUAAAAGUCCUAGCAUCUGCCUUUCUGCUGAGAAGUCUUUCUUGUGCUUUGCCCCAGAAAGCCAUCCUAACGUUUCUGCCAGUCUCAGGAUGGCCACAUCUUUGGGGUUUGCUGGGGUGAAUGAGACAGUGGCCCCUAGGAUUGGGAUGGAGCAGUGCAGCUGCCAGUUCUCCUAUGCCACAUGCUUCCGCAGCCUGCAGCCUGAGACAGAGGAAGAAGACAGGGACUCAGAAGCACACCCCACAGCCCCCCUCACCUCACCGCCCUCUGCGGGAAGCCAGCUGGCCCUGCCCUGGAGGCCUGCCAGGGCCCACAGCUGCAGCGCCGAGCCCCUGUCGAGGAACAGCCACAUCUGGCCAGAGUACUGCUCCAGGGCUCUGAGACAGCUGAAAGCUGCCCCCGCCAGUACCCCCGAGGGCUUCAUCCGACUCACAGAGAGCUUGCUGGAAUUACAAGACAUUUUAGAAGCUUCCUGGGGGAAUGGGAACAAACAUCCUCCAGAGAAGUGCACUUGGCACUUUUCUGAAAGCCGGAGCCACCUCUGCAUGGGCUCCCAGAAGCUCCUACUGAGCUGUCAGCAUGUGAUCAGAAUGGACCAGUCCCCAGAAGAGAUGCAGGGGGCUGUGCAUGACACCUUCCAGCACCUGGUCCAGCUGGCUGGCCUGUGCUUCCAGUUCACGGACUGCAGCCGCUGCUCUGCCCGCCACAGGGAAGCAGCAGGGAACCUGAGGGACGUGGUGUACACCUACCACCGGUUUGUGGAGGCUGCCAAGCUGACCUGCGAGAGAGGCUACCACGACCUGAGUGUGAAACUCUUGGCCCGUCAGUGCACGGCCCUGACGGCCGCCGUGUUCGGUUUGACACAGAAGUUUCGGGCAUCCACUGCCCUGUGAGCAGGCCGCCUGCCCAGGCCCCCUGUCUUGUCCUGGACACUUCCCUGAGAUGCCCUUUCCAUCCUUCCACCCACCCCUCUCAAAUGUUUACUAUUUAGAGUAUUCAAAUAAACUGCUGCUUACUCUUGGCCUGAA